AUGGCCAGUCUUACAAAUAGUGUCUCCCUACCCAAGUUGACAAAGGCUGUCAAUUAUGACAAUUGGAGUCUCAAAAUGAAGGCCCUUCUUGGAUCCCAAGAAAAUUGGGAGGUGGUUGAAGAUGGUUUCGAUGAACCAGCCAACACUACAGGUUGGUCAAAUGCCCAGUUGAAAGUGCUGAAAGACGCACGUGUGAAGGACAAGGCAGCUUUGUACAUCCUGUACCAAGCUGUGGACGAGUCUGGCUUUGAGAAGAUAGCAAGUGCAAAAUCUUCAAAAGAAGCGUGGGACAUAUUAGAGAAGGCGUAUAAGGGAGAUGACCGAGUGAAGCAGGUGCGACUUCAAACACUUAGAGGCGAAUUGAAGAGCAUGAAGAUGAAAGAGACAGAAGGAGUAGCCGAGUACAUUACUCGGGUUGAAACUGUGGCGAAUAAACUUAGUAGAAAUGGAGAGACGUUGCCUGCUAGCCGAGUUGAGGAGAAGAUCUUGAGGUCUUUAACAGAUGACCUUGAGAACGUGGUGUGCGCGAUUGAAGAGUCCAAGGACUUGUCAAUGCUCACGGUUGAAGAGCUUGCCGGGUCCCUUGAGGCGCAUGAGCAACGGAAGAAGAAGAAGAAGGUUGAGCCACUUAAUCAAUUACUCCAAACAAAGAUGUUAAUUAAAGAUGAGAAAGCUCAGAACACUCAAGGCAAGUGUUUCAAUUGUGGUAAAUCUGGACAUUUUGCCAAAGAUUGUAGAUCUGAAAGUAGAAAGGAAGAGACGAUCAACCUCACAAAAGAUGUUGAAGAAGAAGCGACAUUGUUGAUGAUGGCGUGUAGCUCGGGAGCCGAGCAUAAGCAAGUGGUGAACUCGGCAAGAAGACCGAGUAGCAUGAAGAAUUCAACAAAAAGGUUGAGUAUAGUCGAUAACUCGACAAGACAGUCGAGUAGCGUGGAUAGGUCAGCAAGACAACCGAGUAGGUUGCAUAGGCUGGUGAGACAUGUAGAUAGCCCAAACAGGGUGGUGGAGCGUGUAGAUACCCCAAACAACAUGGUGGAGCAUGAGACUAACUCGGUUAACUUGAUGGAACGCCUACAGAGCUCGGAUAAGUUGGUGGAGCAAGUGGAUUACUCAGAUAGCUCGGUGGAGCAUGUGAAAAGCUUGAGUAGCUCAGAAUUUGAAGAAGAAAAGCUUCUAAUCCAAAGGUUAGAGAUUGCAAAAGGAGACUUGCAACAGAGUUUUGAAAAGGAGGUUAGAGACAAUUUAAUUCUACAAGCAAGCUUAGAAAGAAGGAAACAAGCUUUGCAAAAGCGGCACUUGGAAUUUGAAGAAGAUGUUUCAAGUUUGCAAGAACAGUUACAAAUUGAGAAGGAUCUAAGAACUGCACUAGAAGUGCAAGAUGAGAAGUGGCGACUUGAAAUGGACGAGGAGAUUGAGGAGAUUGAGCACAACAAUACGAGGGUGUGGUAUGAUCUUUCAAAAGGAAAUCGGCCUAUUGAUAAGAACUCAGUUAACGACAAGUCGGCCACAAAGAAAAAGAACCCAAUGAGUAACAAGUCAGUCAAAGAGAAGAACAAGUUUGCCAGUAAGGAUGCAAAAACUGAGAGAGCAGAGAAAAAGUUAGUCACAGGGAGAGCGAAGUACAAGUCGACCAUAGAUAAAGUGAAAGGGAAGUCAGUCAUGAAGAAAGCGAAGAACUUAACUAUUCAUGAAAGGGACAAGCACAAUGUGAGAAGAGUUAUUGCACAUUGGAAGCCGUGA